CAUAUUGCCUUAAGUAUUUGACAUAUUGUAUUGAAAUUUGAGCCCUUGAAUCAAUAACGCACGUUCCAAAUGUAUGCUGGACGUGCUCACUAACUCGGCAGUUUGUUUAGUGAUUGAUAAAAACUAUCGCAAUCUUUCAACAAACGUUGAUAAAAUAUGAGAUAGAAAAAAUACGCAUUGAAUGGAAUAACUUGACAUUUCUUUCGAAUAAUAUCAGCCGUCAAAAAGUGUUGUAUUGAACUGCAGCAAAGGUAAACAGUUAAAUCAUGAAGUUUUUAGCUUUAAUUGUUUACUAAAUAUGCACAAAACACACAACAACAGAAAUGUUAUCAAACGGUGUCGUGUGCAUACAAACAACAACACUACAUCGGAAGAACAUCAAAAUAAAUUGCAUUUUAACAUGGAACAAAUUGUAAAUGUGCUGUGAUCUAGUAUUCUGACAACGAAACACCGCACGACUGAGACAGAAAGUCACUUUUCUCGUAACUAAUUCGAAACGUGAAUACUAUUUCCAUUGUGUUGCGGUCUAGGAUGAGGACUUUACAAACCACCACCAUACCGAGGAAGCCAAGUAAAUGUUCACAGGAGUGUAGUUAAUAUAUGUUAAAAGGUCAGAAACUGUCAUUUGUUCUGGAAUCUAAUACGAAAACUACAUAAAACUAUAGGGGAAGAUAGCGGAAGUAAAAUAACAUGGUGAUAAAGUGUGUUUGGACAUCACAAGAGUGCAAACCACAGAAACAACACAAUACAAAAGACUCGAAAGUACAGAAAACUCUAAAAUAGAAUAUUUCCGGUUUCAAUAUGUCUGUGAACGGCGGGACUGAGGAGCUGAGGUGCGGACAUUGUUUGAAAGCUUACAGCGACCCCAGGCUGCUCACAUGCCUCCAUUCCUUCUGCCUGGAGUGCCUCAAGGAUCACGUGACCAAGAACAAUUGGAAGAAGAACCUACUAUGUCCGUCGUGUAACAAAGAAAUGCUCAUACCGAAGGAAGGACUGUCGGCUAUUCCCAAGGACACGUAUUUGAAGGCCAGGACGCACGCGUGUAAACUGACGCCAGCGUCUGAGUGCGAGACGUGUCAGGGUAACAAGAACGCCGUCUCGCGGUGUUUGGAUUGUGACUUGAACCUGUGCGCAGAGUGUAGAGUCUCCCAUGCUCCCCCUAGUUCAGAACAGGUGCAUAACUUCAUUCAUUUUGAAACGGACAAGACCAACGAUUCCAAGCUAGACCAAAGUGCAUCAACUCAAGCAGUAAAACUUACACAAAAUCAGUGGUGCCGGAAGCAUGAAGAUCACGAACGCACGAUCUUCUGUACGAAAUGUAACCUCACAAUUUGCUCGGUUUGCAAAGAGGAAAAACACACUGCCCACCCGGUGCAAGCCUCUGUUGACGUAGCCAAGCUUAUGCGAAGUUCACUAUCCCAUUUUCUCGGGGCUAUUAAAGAAUACCUUCCCGAUUUCGAAAUUUACAUGAAGCAAAUACGGAAGUGCCAGAAAGAACACGAUGGCGAUCUGCAAAAUGCCAUAGCAGAUGUCCAGGCGCGCUGUAAGUUUCUACAAAACGAAAUAGAGAAAAUAAGUAACGCUAUUAUCACAGAAUUGAAGGACCGACAUAAGUCAACAGGGAGCGAUCUUAAUAAAGAGGUCAAGAAUGUUAUUAAUUCUUACAAAUCUAUAUCCACGGUAACGGCAUCAGCUGAUAGGAUUAUUAAAAUUGGUUCCGAUGAGAAUAUUAUUCAGACUUCAAAGAAACUGCAGAAGCGAUUUAGUCAGAUAGACGAUGAACUACCGAAAAUGACUUUAGAGAAAAUAGACACCGUAGGAUUCGUCCCGGGUCCGUUGAAGGCCGAUUCAUUAACUAAAAUGUUCGGUCAGUGUACGAAAGGAGAAAUCACGCUGCCGGUUUUACCGGAACCGUGGGGGAUUAGAGUAGCGAAGGAGUUUGAAAUGUGUUCAAUAGCCGGCUUUAAGGUGCGAAACAGUCCGGACACGAUACAGGCGAUUGCUCCUAUUUCGGAACAGGAAGCAUGGUUGGCGUGUGGGUGGGGAACCAAAGACGUCUACUUGUUCACAAUGACCGGUGAACGAAAGAAAAAGAUAACACUAGACAUUCAGAUAGACCACUUGAUAAUGAACCUUUCCGGGGAAUUGCUCGUAUCGAGCUACGAGGAUAAAUAUAUACGCAAGAUAAACAAAGACCACGAGGUUUGCGACUUCGCGAUGCCGCACCUGUAUCCUGGGGGAAUGGUGAUGACGAAGCGGAAAGAGCUGUUCGUAUGCGCCGUUGACAGCUACACGACGCGAAGGGCUGACCACUCGCACAGAUGCCUUCUAAAAAUGUCCGAAUACGGCAUGAACAUCGACACGAUAGACGAAGACGGUGACGUCAUUUUGUUCGGCGCACCGUACCGCGUUUGCGAAGCGCCCAACAAGGAUCUGGUGGUAACCGAUCGAGAAGAGGGGAAGCUGAGGGUCACAAGGGUGGACCAGGAAGGUUGUCUGAAAUACGUGUACAAGGGACCCACAAACGCGGCGUUGAAGCAACCGUUCAAUCCGCUUGGACUUUGCUGCGAUCGUGUGGGGAACCUGCUCGUGUCCGACUGGGGGAAUCACUGCGUUCAUCUCGUAAACAACGAAGGAGAGUUUCAGGGAUUUAUUUUGUCGCAGAAAGAUGGACUUUUCAAGCCGAACGCUAUGGCCCUCGAUAAAUCUGGUAAUCUUUGGAUCGGUGACGGGAAUGCCACAGUGCGCGUUUAUAAGUAUGGGAAACGAGAAUACUGAGUGACGUGCGAAACAAAGUACAUGUGUAGUAUGAAAUAUUUGCGAGGGAAGGCAUUUAUUUGUAACCAGAUUCAGUGCCGUUUAUUGUAUUUAUUAAAAUGGAUAAACCACAACAAAGCUACAUAAUAAUUAAAAUUAUGUAGUUUAUAUACUAGUAAAUCAUAGUUGUUUGUAUUACAAUUGUUUCAAGUAAACAUAAUUAAUAAUUAUUAUUCGGUUUAUAUUUAAUAGUAUUUAAUAAUAGGAAAUAUCCUGUAAAUGUAACAAAGUUAAAA